AUGACAACACAAAAUAGCAUGACAUCGUGUGGUGUCCCUCCACCUACUGAAGAGGAGGCGAAGUGUGUUGAAUGGUUGCGGCAGCAGUUCCCGCAAUCUGUACUUGAUGCCGAGGAUGUGCACUUCUUCCGUGGGAACACAUACCUGCGCUUCGCCCGCGCCCGCAACGCCAACGUGGAAAAGGCUGCCGCCAUGCUGAAGGCCUGCGUGGAGUGGCGCAGGGAGUUCAAGCCGUACAAAAUCACCGUGGAAGAUGUGUCCGAGGCGAUGGAACAGCUCACCAUCAGGGUUGGCGGCCGCUGCCGCGAGGGACGACCGCUUCUCAUCAUGACAGUCGGCGCUCCGAACAGCUGCGACGCGCAGGCGCGCACGCGGCAGUUGGUGUACAUCAUGGAGGAGAUGCUGCGGAAGGGCUACGAGCAGCUCACGUGGGUCAUGGACUUCGGCGAGAUGGGCAAACACCCGCGUGACCCCCGUAGCACUGAGUCGCGCAAGUUGACGAUGCAGAUCAUGCAAGACUACUACCCGGAGCUUCUCGGCAAGAUGCUGCUGUACCGCUACCCUUGGUACGUUCGUGCGAUGUACGCAUUAGUCAAUUCCUUCAUUGACAAGCGGACGCGCAAGAAGAUCGUACUGGUGGCCCAUGAGGAGAAGCUGUUGCUGCAGCACGUGGAGAGUGAUCAACUCCCCGAGAGCCUCGGCGGUACGCUCCGCAUCAGUGGUGAAAGGACGCUUAAUGAGCUACCGUGCCACAGUGGGGAUGGAGCGUAUAUUAUGUGA